UUGUUGGUUUACUGCUGAGCGGCGUGGUGAGAGCGAGGAGCAGCAGCCCGGCGGCUCUCAGUCAUACCAAGAACAAAAACCACUCACAGAAACUCGACAACAUAUCCGCCAUUAUGCCGUGUCGGAAGGAGAACUACAUCUUUCUGGAGCAGUCCGUUACGGUCGGCUCCAAAGAAGUGGACGCGCUGGUUACGAAAAUCGGCGAGGCGCUGCAGCUCCACAACAAUAGCGGCGGCCACCAGAAGACGUCAGUGUCCGUGUCCAUGUCCUGCCUGCACGGGCUCACUGGCGGCGGCUCCGGCGUGGUCAAACCGGCAGCCAUAAUCAGCGGCAGCGCGGGAGCUCCAUCGCAAAAACAGAAACACCACGGCUGCUGCAUGCGGCUCCGGAACCGGGGACACCGGGGGAGCAGCCGGGCAAGCCCGUAUAACAUCCCCGGUUCUAACAGCGACCAGGACUGGGACCAAAAAAUCAAACCGUGGAACAAAAAGAGGAUCAACGUGGAGGAGGACGAUCCUCACCGGCUGCUGCAGGACUUAAUUUUAUCGGGGAACCUGAUUAAAGAGGCUGUGAGGAGGCUUCAGUUCUCCGCUGCAGACUGUGGAGAUUUCCCCAAGACGGCGGACAGUGUGCCGUGCUGAGAGCCAGUGUUCCCCCCCCUUUUCCCCUGGAUGGACACAACAAAACUAAGACUGUUUAGAAUAAAAUUUCACAGGACUGUUUUUUUUUUUACAGGACUGGUAGCUAUGUUUUUUAAUUUCAUGAAUUUUUCAAUAAUUAGCAGUAAGCCUAGCUAGCUUACUUAGCUCGCUAGCCACCCGGCUAAUGAGCCGUGUUGUUUAUGUUUGAAUGUCUCAUUGCGGGUCAGACGCCCGGGGGUAACAGUGGAGCUUUGACCCACCAGAAACUCAUUUUUUACCGGCCUUUUCUUAAGAAAUGACGUUUAUUUCACCCUUUUUAACGACUGAUGUUGUCAUCCUGUGAUGUGAUUAAAAAAAAUUUUUUGUAUGAAUGGUUGAGUCACAGUGAACAGUAGCAGGAAAUCAAAGCCUAUUCAUUUGUUUUUUACCACUGCAUCCUGGAAUUUCGUCCAUGUGUUUCAGGGGGUUUGGGAGGAAGGUUUGCCAUUCCCUGCUGUGACAACAGACCUUUUUAUAAUGUGAGAUGGGGGGGGGUUUAGUAGUCCAUUUUGUUUACUAUCUAAUGCUGGCUGUUAAAUGGCUGUAGUCCCCUCCUCCUCCUUAUUAUUCUCAUUUCAGGUUCUUCAGUGGGUUGUCCUUUAACUGACCUGGGAGCAGCUCAUUUCAGCUAGUGACCUGAGCCUCAGGAAUGCGGGUUUAUUUUCAAAAAAAAGCUGAUGUUACAGGACAACACACUGCACCUCUUGUCUACGGCAGCUCUUCUAAAUACUUUUUUUCUUCUCAAGGGCGUCUAACAUUUGCAGGAGAAGGGGGUGCAUGGGGAAGAAGAGCAAACACGCCCGUUUCCCACAGGGCUUUGGGUGAUGUGUAACUGUUUGUAAUGUGUUUUUUUUGUUGUUUUUUUUUUUUUUUUGGUGGGGUGGGAGAAAAGGUUGGCCGUAACAUGACAAUACUUUUUGUGGUGCUUUCACCUUUUUGGAACUACUACACAGAGUUCCUUUUUGUUUUUUUUUUGCAUUCAUUUCUUCUGUGUAAAGAAAAACAAUUGCCACUCCUGCUUCGUAACGAAGUAUCUGAUAAUGUUCCUGAGUAUUCAGGCUGUUUUUUUGUUGUUGUUGUUGUUGUCUUAAUAAACUUCUGUUUUUCCAAAUCUC